GCGUUUGACAAAUUAAUUGAAAGGGGACAGAAAAUUGAAACAACCCAAAAUUUCUCUCUUAUCUCUUCCCUCAAAACCCAAAAAAUUCACACCCCAAAAUACAAUCUUCCCAUCCCGAAUUGGAUAAUCUCCGCGUCCCCAAUUCGAAUAAUUGAAAAGAUAUGAUGUCGGACUCGUACUGUCCAGACUGCAAGCGCAACACGGAGGUGGUAUUCGAUCACGCGGCGGGCGACACCGUGUGCUCGGAGUGCGGGCUCGUGCUGGAGGCCCGCUCCAUCGACGAGACCUCCGAGUGGAGAACCUUCGCCGACGAUUCCGGCGAUCACGACCCCAAUCGUGUGGGUGGCCCCGUUAACCCCCUUUUAGGAGACGGGGCGCUCACCACCGUCAUCUCCCGGGCCGCCAACGGCUCCAAUGCCGAUUCCUCCUUGGCCCGCUUGCAGAACCGUGGAGGCGACCCGGACCGGGCCAUCGUCUUGGCUUUCAAGGCUAUUUCCAAUAUGGCCGAUAGGUUGAGCCUUGUAACUACCAUCAAGGAUCGAGCGAGUGAAAUAUAUAAGAGGUUAGAAGAUCAGAAGUGUACGAGGGGAAGAAACUUGGAGGCUCUUGUGGCUGCCUGCAUUUAUAUUGCUUGCCGUCAGGAAGGCAAGCCACGAACUGUGAAAGAAAUAUGCUCCAUUGUUGCUGGAGCCACAAAAAAGGAAAUCGGUCGAGCUAAAGAAUUUAUCGUCAAACAGUUGAAGGUCGAGAUGGGUGAAUCAAUGGAGAUGGGUACCAUUCAUGCAGGAGACUAUUUGAGACGUUUCUGCUCCAAUCUUGGUAUGAGCAACGAAGAGGUCAAAGCUGUCCAAGAAACUGUCCAAAAGGCAGGGGACUUUGACAUUAGGAGGAGCCCCAUAUCAAUUGCAGCAGCAAUAAUUUUUAUGGUAACACAGCUGUCGGAAUCAAAGAAACCCCUGCGAGACAUCUCGAUUGCAACUACGGUGGCAGAAGGGACGAUCAAGAAUGCUUACAGAGAUCUGUACCCGCAUGCCGCUAGGAUCAUACCGGAAUGGUACGCUAAGGAACGGGACUUGAAGAAUCUCAGCAGUCCCAAAGCAUAAGUAAACGUCUUUUGCAUCCCCAAACGGGCUACGGUGCUGCAGUCCCACAUCAGUUUUACUUGAUAGUUAGUUGAUCAACUCUACUCUAUUGCAUCCCAGAUGUGAUAGUAUUUGAUUGUCAUGUUAUAUUGUGAAAUACUGUAAUGUGCAAGAUUAUUAUAGGUUUUCCAUUAAAGUUGAUUAA